AACAGACGGACCAGAGACCAACGGAACUUUCAGCGCGUGGAGUGCUAACAUGUUCAAGGACUGGGAUUUUUUGUGUGGAAAUGUAAUUACAACAGGAAUACGACACGGAGCGGAUUAGAAUUUGGCUACCAAUUUAACAGUGUGUACCUCGAAGCAUAGGAUCCAUACUCUUUUUCACCCAGUACAAAAUGAGUACCUUCCUGGGAGUGUUAAUGGUAACGUUAAUUGUCUCAGGUGAUGGAGCAACUAUGUCAGAAGACAGUGUCCUUCUGCCUUGCGCCUGCUCAGAGAGGAAUUUGCACAAGGAGUUUAAGUGGCAGAUGGAAUCUCCAAACAAGACACUGGUCCUCAAAUACAACAACACCACUCCAAACUUCAAUUCCAAAUACAUGGGAAGGGCCAAAAUAUUUCUGCCUGAGCACCACGACAACUGCUCGGUUCUCUUCACCAAAAUCACAGUAGAUGACCAGGGGGAAUACAAAUGCAUUUUUCACAAGCAAGAGGAAUACCAGUCUUCCCUUGUGUAUCUAAAUGUUUCUGCAGGGUGCUACACUGUCUGUCAUUCAGCCGACAACCUGAGUGGAAGUAUACAUUUUUUCAAGUGUCAUGUAAAAAAACGCUACAGAGAGACUGAGAUUCAGUGGAUUUUGGAUGGACAGCUUCUUACAGAAUCAAACACAACUAACAUAACCCACACAUUCACCCUGGAUGUUCGUACUGGCCUCUACCAUUUUAACAGCACACGCACCACUGAGGCCAAGUGGAGUGUAGUACCUACAUGUCAUGUCAAGGACAAAGGCACAUCAACAAACAGUGGCCAUGCCAGCAUACAAUUGAAUGGUAACUAUUUGUUUUUAUUCAUUUCAGAGAGGAUGGAACUGAAAUUUCCCAAAACUAUUUCACAUUGAAAGCCUUACAAUAUUAACUGUGAACACAGCACGGAUCAAU